AUGAAUCAAUUAGACGGUCGAAAAUUAAAAAUCUCUGUUGUAACACCAAGCCAUAAUCGAUUAGAAUAUUUAAAGGAAGCUGUUAUGUCUGUUCAAUUUAGUGUGCUUGCACCGCUUGAUAUCGAAUUCGAACAUGUUAUUCAUGAUUGUGGUUCAACUGAUGGCACAAAAGAAUAUUUUAUUUCAAAUUUACCACCUGAAAAUAUUUUUUAUAUCAAAGAUCAAGGUGAUAAUAAAGAACCAACAAAAGAUCGGCAAUGGAUUCGAGCAACAGAAGAUUUACGUAAAGAUGGUAAAGGUGAAUUAGCUAAUAAUAUUUUAUUUAUACGAUCAGAACAUAAAGUACCACCUAGUCAAGCACGAAAUAUUUGUAUACAAAAAAGUACUGGACAAUUUAUUUGUGUAUUAGAUGAUGAUGAUGUUUUUCUUCAACGUACAAUUCAUCAUUUUGCACAGUCUAUUUUAAGAAAUCCAACAAAAAAAUUUUUUGUUUCGGAUUUUCUUCGUGUUAAUGAACAUCUUCAAUAUAUGUCACACGAAGAUUAUUAUGGUUGGGUUUUUUCAUCACCACAAGAAAUGCUUCAAGCUAUUUUUAGUAGUUGUCACUUUAUUCAAGGUAAUGUUUGUUUCAGUAGAAAACUUUAUGAUGAAGUUGGUGGUUAUGAUGAAUCAGUUGGUAUGGCAGAAGAUCUUGAUCUUUAUGUAAGAUUUUUAAUUCAUGGACAUUUAAACGUUUAUAUACCAAUGAUAUCACAUUUACAUCGUAUGCAUGCAGAUAAUUUUUCAAUUGGAUGUGAUCGUGAUCAUCAUUAUUCAGAUUUACGAGAUAUUUAUAAACGUAAUGAAGAGAAACUUAAAACAAUGGGUAUUAAAUUAAUAUUAUGUAAUUAA